UGUCCUUGGAAACAGCCACAGAAGCAGAGACAACAUUCUGUGUGGAAGCUAAAUACUUUUUCCUUCGAGAGAGAAAACCGCAAAGAAUCUCUCUGAUGCUUUAGAGACAGAGAAAAUCUCCGAGAAAUGCGGUCCAUACCGUGGGGAGUUGCAGUGUCCCCAACCUCCAUUAACAACAACCUUAAUUUCAAUUUCAAGAAACAGCAACAGCAACCAUCCUUCUUUUACUCCACUUCCUCUUCUUCUUCUUCUUCUUCUUCUUCUUCUAGGGUUUCUCAUGAACCCUCUCUCUCUCCCCUCUCCAAAUCAGGAGCAUGCCGAGCAAGUCAAGUGGUUGAAUUAUUCCCUUCUGUGUCUCCUGAGAUUGUUGUGAGGGAGGCAAGGCUAGAGGAUUGUUGGGAAGUGGUGGAGACUCACUGCAGCUGCUUCUUCCCUGACUACUCCUUCCCCCUAGAUUUUGUUUUGAGGAUUGACAGGCUGGUGGGGAUGUUAUCAGGGUUCUCUAUACCAAAUGGUUGCAAGAGAACUUGUCUGGUUGCUAUCAUUGGUAAUUCAGGUGAUGAAUCCUUCUGCUUUGGAAGUGAAGAUUUCAAAAUUGGAGGCUUUGAUGGGAAAUUCAGUCUCAAUAGAGGAUAUGUUGCUGGCAUACUGACUGUGGAUACAGUGGCUGAUUUUCUUCCAAGGAAAGGCCCACUUCGGCAAAGAAGGACUGGAAUUGCAUAUAUAUCGAAUGUUGCAGUUCGGGAGAGACACCGGCGGAAGGGGAUAGCUAAGAGACUAAUAGCAAAGGCAGAGACUCAGGCCAGAAGCUGGGGCUGCCGUGCCAUUGCUUUGCAUUGUGAUCUGAACAAUCCUGGUGCCACAAAACUGUAUAAAGGCCAGGGUUUCAAAUGUAUUAAGGUACCAGAAGGAGCAAACUGGCCCCAGCCAAGGACCUCUCCAGAUAUCAAAUUCAACUUCAUGAUGAAGCUUCUGAAAACCCCAACAACCACUUAGAAUUUUUUUGAUCUGAAAAUGUAAAAUAAAUAAAUAAAUAAAAAUUGUAGGUAGAAGGUGAAAGUAGGACAACUGGGAUAACAGCUUAUAAAUGUACCACAGCCUUAGUGGUUUUGUACUAAUUAUGCCUGUAAUAUUUAUACCUCCCUGUUUAUACGAUAGAUGGCCUUUUUUUUCUAAA